GCUCCGUCUCGAGUACCGCGCACGGCCCUGCGCCCCGGCCCGGCCUCCAGGAUGAAGAACCCAAUGCUGGAGGCGGUGUCGCUCGUGCUGGAGAAGCUACUCUUCAUCUCCAACUUCAAGUUCUUCAGUUCCGGCGCUCCCGGCGAAGACAAGGCGGGGAACACUUUAUAUGAGAUCAACUCUUUUCUCCGCGGCGACGUGCUGGAGGUGCCUCGGACCCACCUGACGCACUAUGGCAUCUACCUGGGCGACAACCGUGUCGCCCACAUGAUGCCCGAUAUCCUGUUGGCCCUGACUGACGACAAAGGGCUCACGCAGAAAGUGGUCUCCAACAAGCGUCUCAUCCUAGGCGUCAUUGGCAGGGUGGCCAGCAUCCGCGUGGACACCGUGGAGGACUUCGCCUACGGAGCCGAGAUCCUGGUCAAUCACCUGGACAGAUCCCUCAAGAAGAAGGCACUGCUCAACGAAGAGGUGGCACAGAGGGCAGAGAAGCUGCUGGGCACAACUCCCUACAGCCUGCUUUGGAACAACUGCGAGCAUUUCGUCACCUACUGCAGGUUCGGCACCGCGAUUAGCCCCCAAGCCGACAAGUUUUGUGAGAAGGUGAAGAUAAUUAUUCGUGAUCAGAGAAGUGUCCUUGCUUCUGCAGUCUUGGGAUUGGCGUCUAUAGUCUGUCUGGGCUUGGCAUCAUAUACGACUCUUCCAGCAAUUUUUAUUCCAUUCUGCUUAUGGAUGGCUGGCUAACUUCAUACUCCUGUGCCAGCGUAUGCAUUCUCUGUAUAGAAAUGUUGAUAUCUAUAUAGCACAAAUCAGUAUAAGCAUUGUCGAGAAAAAUGUGACCUGUAAUAAUGUGUGCUGGAUAAAAAUGUGAUUAAGAAUGACACAAAGUGCUUACCAUGUAAGCCCAAGGAUGGAGGCUUUCUGAAUCUUCCCAGGCAGUUCCAUUCCCAGGCACCGUGAGUCUUGGAAACAUGACGGCUUGUGCUAGAAUUCACCGUUAUGAGAAAAGCAACCUGUAAGGUGAUGGCCACAGGAGAUUAUUUGCUAUUCUUUUUUCCUAUAAUCAUUGUUCUUCUCUGUUAAGUCUGAAUUAGAAGAUUGGAAAAUUUGUUGAAUGAUGAGACCACUAACUAUUGUAAAUUUAUGCUGUUUCAUUGAAAAUUUUAUGUUAAACUAAAAUAAUUUCCCUUAUUCAGAUGAAAGCAUGUUUGAUGAUUGGCCCAAAAAAAUCACAUUUUCUUUGUGUAUGAUAUAUAAUUUCUAAUAAGUCAAGAGUAAUUUCAUUUCUUGAAACAAUAUUGGCAAAGUUAAGGUUUAAUGAUAAAAUAACUGACCAGAACUAUAGAAAUAUGUUUGCCUACAGAAAUAGCUAAUAAUACUAUAGUUUUGAUUUGGCUUUACUUAAUAGGAAGCCUGGCAUUCAUUUUUUUUCCCUUUUAUGUGUCACUGUAGUUACUUUAAACCACUCUGAGAGGAAAAUGAACAUAGGAUUGAAGUAAGUUGGGUACUUGGAGAGUGUAUGUGCCAAUUAAAUACACAGAUGUAUUGAGUACGUGUACUCAGACUGAUGUGCUGAGACUGAGUACAGGUAUUCAGACAUGUACUCAGACUGACAAACUGUUAGUUCUUCAUUGCUUAUUGUCAUAACGGUGUAGUUAGUCUAGAGCAUCAGUGGGGGUGAACAUCAAAGCACAUUCAGCCCGUUUUUCACAUCUAUAGUGUGACUUGCAUGUCAUUGGAUGGUUUAAUUUUAAAGCACUUACUAAUGCGCUGUAUAAUUUUUAAAAGCCCUGGCAUUUGUCUUCUGGUUAGGUUUCUCCAUUUCAUUACCAAGUCAGUAUAGUUUACAUCCUUAAAAGAAUGAUGCUUCAGCAAUAUAUAAAAACCCAAGCAAGUAAGACUAAGGGAAAUAGCUGUUAGAAGUCAUUUUUAAGUGUCUUAAUACUACCAGGCAUGUAGGUUGAUUACACAGAGGCUGUUUUAAUGCCAGAGUUGAGAUGCAGCAAUGUUAAAGCAAGUGUGCAAGUACUUUUGCAAAAUCACCAAAUUCUAAAAACUAAGCUACAAGCCUAUAAACUAUCAAGAAUCAGAAAAUAAUGAGUCACAUAAUGAGUGGUAUGAGGAGGACAGGGUUGGUAACUCAGUGAUCCAAUCAGAACAAAUUUAAGGGUAAAUUUUAGUAUAUUUGAUGUUUUAUCACCACUAAUUUACCAACAACAAAUUCAGUUAGAGUUUAAUAAUAACUUUGUAUUUAAUCAUUUAAAUGUGUUGAAUACUUAAAACAUGAAAUGACAACACCACAGAAUAAAGUGUUCUAUGGGCCUAUUCCAACCGUUUAAAGUUAUUCUUAGUGUGUAUACAUAAAAACAACCACUAUGAGAACGUCAUUGUAUUAGUGGUUUUUCACUUACUGUAUAUUACUUAUGUAGCAAUUGUUUAUAAAUAAACUCAUUUAAACAUA